AUAUGGUGAGCGACGGAGUCACCUGGUCAGCCAGCUUUUGCUUGCUUGUUUUCAACCCCGAAAAUGGUAAAAUCGGGGAAGCUCCGGUCUGGGACCGGGUCCAAGCUGAAACGGUGGAAGAAAGGACACAGCAGUGAUUCCAACCCGCAGACGAAUCGUUUUCGACAAGCUGCGAAAAGCCGCUUCUUCAGCCAACCUGGCGGUGGAAAGAGUGACCUAACAGUCGAUGCUCUCAAGCUUCACAAUGAGCUGCAGGCUGGUCCUCUGGAGCACGCCGCAGGCGACCGUAAAGAUGCCUUUAUGGAAGAGGAGCCUGAUGAGAAGUUUUCAGAAAGAACAUCGGGCACCUUCCUCAGUGGCCUGUCUGAUUGCUCAAACCUCACUUUCAGGAAGGUGCAGCGCUUCUGGGAGUCCAACUCUGCUGCACACAAAGAGAUUUGUGCAGUUUUGGCGGCUGUUACUGAGGUGAUUCGUGGUCAGGGAGGGAAGGAAACUGAAACAGAGUACUUUGCUGCUUUGAUGACCACCCUGGAAGUUGUAGAGUCUGCAGAGUCUCAAGCUGCAGUUGCAUAUCUUCUUAACCUCRUCAUGAAACGAGUUCCUGCUCCUGUGCUGAAGAACAAGUUCUCGGACACCUCCAAGGCCCUGAUCGAUGUCAUGUCUAAGCAGGCCAUGUCUGACACGUCUUCAGCACUUCGAUGGGUCCUGUCAUGCCUUGCCACUUUGUUGAGAAAACAAGAUGUUUCAGUUUGGAGUUAUUCAUCUACUCUGCAGGCUUAUCAUGGCCUGCUCAGCUUCACUGUGCACAGCAAGCCUAAGGUGCGUAAAGCAGCACAGCAAGGUGUUUGCUCCAUCCUCAGAGGCAGUGACUUCCUGUUUACAGAUGAUGCUCCAACACAUCACCCUGCUGCAGUUACAACAGCCAAGUUCUGUGUCAAAGAAAUGGAACAGGCAGGAG